AUGUUGGAAGCUCUUCAUACUUCUCUCGAUUUAUCUAUACUAAUUGAUACACUUGAUUUUGCUGCGAAAAAACAUUCUCAGCAGAGACGUAAAGAUCGAGAAAGAACGCGUAAGUUACCUUACGUGAUUUUUAGUGUAUCAGAAUAUCUCAGUUAUCCAAGAGAAGAGCUUAGCAUAUAUCAAUCACCCAAUCGGUGUGGCCAAAAUCUCAUAGACGCUGGUAUUACAGACUUAGCAACUAUACAAGCUGCUAUAUUGCAUGAUACAGUGGAAGAUACUGAUACAACUUUUGAAGAAAUAGAAAGUAAAUUCGGAAGUGAAGUUAAAAAGAUUGUAGAAGAAGUUACGGACGAUAAAUUGUUACCAACAGAGGAGAGAAAGAGGUUACAAAUUGUUCAUACUCCACAUAUAUCAGUUAAGGCUAAAGUAGUCAAACUUGCUGAUAAGCUCUAUAAUUUAAGAGAUAUGCAACGUUGUGUACCUGUAAAUUGGACAAAAGAUCGUGUACAAGCGUACUUUAUAUGGUCUAAACAAGUGACUGAUGGUGCGAAAGGUAUUAAUCAAAAAUUGGAUGAUCAAUUAGAAGAUUUAUACGAAAAUGGUUCAUUUGAACUUGAUAAUGUAACAUAUGAAUCUUAUCCGAAACAUAUAAAGUGA